AUGCCUGGAGCAAGGAGGGGAGAACUAGCCCGGCAGAAAUCAGAGCAGGAGGAGCUGUCCACGGUGUCUGCGCUGAGCUCCACGGCCUGGCAAUGGGAGUCCCCAGAGCCAUCCUGCUCUGCCUCUUUGGGUCUGUUCUCUGCCUGACAGGGUCCCAAGCCCUGCAAUGCUACAGCUUUCAACAUAUCUACUUCGGGCCCUUUGACCUCAGUAACAUGAAACUCGCCAGCAUCUCCUGUCCGGAUGGAUGCUCGGAGGCCGUCUUGUCGCUGGACACUGGGUACCGCGCCUCGGUGACCCUGGUGCAGAAGGGCUGCUGGACCGGCCCGCCCAGGGGCCAGAUGCAGUCCAACGAGGACGCGCUGCCGCCCGACUACUCGGUGAUUCGCGGCUGCACGACCGACUGGUGCAACGCCGUCUACAUGACCCACGACACGGUCCCCAACCUGAGCCCAGCGCCCAACCCGCCCACGCUCAGCGGCACCGAGUGCUACGCCUGCGUGGGGACCCGCCCGGAGGACUGCGCCCCGAGGAGGUCCCGGCGCGUCCAGUGCCACCAGGACCAAAGCGUCUGCUUCCAGGGCAACGGCGAAAUGAGCGUUGACAAUUUCACGGUCCCUGUGUACAUCAGAACCUGCCACCGGCCCUCCUGCACCAUCAUGGGCACCACCAGCCCCUGGACAGACAUCGACCUCCAGGGCUUCUGCUGUGAGGGGCCCCUGUGCAACGGGGGCUCCGUGACCCAGCCCUUCACCAUUGCCUCGGCCACCGCGCCGCCCCUGGCCCCGCACUUCCUGGCCCUGCUCCUCGCAGUUCCUCUGCUGGUGGGCACGCUGGGGGGACCCCUCCGCCUCUCCCCAUAGGCAGCCCCUCCGGCCUCUUCGUGAGCAGGAUGCUGGGGGCCGGGCACGCCCUCUCCCUCCCCCCACUGCUUCAGCCCCUGUACUGUGGGAAAUAACAAAAAUAUAGCUUCCUUCCUGUCUCUCCCUCGCACUUCCCUGUGCUGCCCCACCCUCACCUGCUCAGCAGGCCCAGGGUGGGGAGACACAACCACAUCCUGCAGGGCAUGAAGAGCAAACCUGACAAUAGAUAGUAUGUGCUGAGCACCAGCGAGGCCCAGCACCCCAUGACCCCAUCCCUGUGCUCCCAACUUAGGGCCGCUGGGGCAGGCAGCCAGGAUGAUGUCUUUAUUAUCAUCAGAGAGGCUCCAGAGGCAGUUAUCGUAAAAGCUCGGAGCCCAGGCUCUGGAGCCAGGCCGAAUGGGUCCCAGCUCUACCUUUUAGCCUGUGGGGAACUUGGGCGCGUUACUUAACCUCCUGCACCUGCGUUUCCUCACCUGUAAAGCAGAAGUGACAAUAAAACCUACGAUG